UAAUGAGUAUCGCGAAAUUUGAGAGUAUGGUCGUAUAUUUGUAGUUUAUCGUAACACCAGUAUGUCGAAUGCGGAUAUUAAGAUCGUUGAAGUGGCUAUUGUUGGAGCGGGAGUAGCCGGAUUAAAGGCUGCGCAAACUAUUUUAUGUGAUUCUCGGUCAAAGGUUAAGGCUAAGGAUGUUUUAGUAUUGGAAGCUCAAAAUAGAGUAGGCGGAAGAAUUCUCACUGAUAGAACUCUGUCUAAAUUCGCGUACAAUUAUGAUCUCGGAGCUGCAUGGUUUCAUGAUUCCCUUACCAAUGUUGUAUUGAAAGAAGCAACUAAGUUGGAUAACUUCAAUCGCGAACAGGAUACUUAUUACGAUGACAAAGAUGCCAAAGUUUACUCACAGGAUGGACCUGUUGAUUUGGUAGAAACUAAGAUUAAUCGAGUUUAUGAUGAUCUUGAGAAAUUCAUUGAAUUGUAUUUUUAUAAUGAUAUUGAGGUAGAGGAUAUGUCAUUAAAAGAAAUAACUAAUAAAUAUUUAGAUGAGUAUCGAAAUAUUCUUACUGAUGAACAACAGAAAUAUUGCCGAUUACUAGUACGACACUAUGAAUCUUGGUACGGAAUUUCUUGGGAUAUCAUCAGUGCAAAAUAUGUUCUUAUGGAUCACCAUGGAAGAGAUUUAUUAAACAAGAAUGGUUAUGACUUCAUAAUUGAUAAGCUUAAAAGUGAUAUUCCAAAUGAAAGUAUCUUACUUAAUGCCCAAGUCAAGGUAAUUGAUCGUUCCAAUAAGGCGCAUAGCCGUAAGAUUUUACUUGAAUUAUCCAGUGGUAUUAAAGUAUAUUGUAACUAUGUUGUUGUUACUGUACCUCAAAGUAUUUUGCAAUUGCCUCAAAGUGAUCCUUAUGGAAUAACCUGGGAACCUGCCUUACCAUCUAACUUUCAAGAAGCGUUAUCCCUGAUCCAUUUCGGUUCAUUGGGAAAAGUCAUAUUUGAAUUUGAUUCAAUAUGGUGGGAUAAGAAUGAAGAUAGAUUUACUGUUCUUGCUUCAGAAACUCAAGACAAGCCCGCCUCAGAACCAAUUACUUCUCAUCCGAAGCCUUUUGAUUAUCAUACAUUCAUCGUUAAUUUCGCUUCAGUUCAUAAAGAAAACAUUUUGAGAGGAAGUGGUUUAGUGAUUCUUACUCAAUCACCAUUAACUGAAUACUUGGAAUCACAUUCUAAGGAAGAUGCAUGGAGAUACUACAAGCCAAUUUUAGAGAAGUUGGUAGUACCUGGCAGUACUAUAAGCAAUCCUAUCAAUACAAUAAUUACUGAUUGGACACAAAAUCCAUAUAUUAGAGGUUCAUAUGCUGCUUUACAUACUCAUGAUGAUCCUUCACUGUUAGUAAUACAACUCUCUGGAGAAAUUGAUAAUACAGGAAUUGUAGGACACCCAAAUAUAAGAUUUGCUGGAGAGCAUGCUAUUCUGGAUGGAGCAGGCUGUGUUCAUGGAGCCUAUUCAAGCGGACAACGGGAAGGUGAAUGGGUCAUCCAAGAUAUGAAUUAACAUAUAUAUUAACUUUAUAUGGAUACAUAGAAAUAUCUAGAAUAUUCCAGAAUAUUCCAGAUUAGUAUUUUGCAAUCGUAUUAUUAUUAUAUUAUAUUUAGCACGUGA